CUUCGCCGUUCGAGAUCUUUGCGCGCCGUUUCUGAUCUCACCGGCAGCCACCGAGAAAUGAACUCAAUUGCUAAGCGUUUAUCAAGCUUAUUUGGGAAGUCAGCUUGCGCCACUGAACCCUUGAAUAGUGGGCGUCAUCAACUGCAGCAACUUCAGCAAUGCAGAGGCAUACGAGUGCGGGUCUUUAAUGGGAACUUGGAAUCGGCAUUGGCAUUGAUGCAGCGUAAGAUGACAUCAAGUGGGAUCGAGAGAAUGAUAAAGAAAGAACAGAGAUUCCAUAUCAAAAACUCUGAAAAGCGUGUUUUAGCCCGAAAGAACUUGGAGCGGAGACUUCGAUCUGAGGACCUUGCCCGGAAACUUAAGGCUAUUAUGAUCAAGAAAGUCAGGGGUCUUUGAGAAUGUUGCACUAAUAUCAGAAAAAAUAUGGCUGGUGUCAGUUGCAGUUAUGUGGUUAUUUGUUCGUGGCCACCGCAGCUGUCACAUUCUUUCAAAUUGUAUGAGUGGGUAGUAUGUACUUUGGUAGCUAUGAUUUUGGGUAUCAGAUGCAUUGUUGCUAUCUCAUUAACUAUGAAUAAA